CUUUACAUUGAGGUGAAACAAUCAACUUACCUGGAAAUAAAUUGUUGAUGAUAAAAAAAACACUAGCAAAUUGUAAAAACUAUGGAUCAUCAUUUGAUGAAGUGAUCAAGAUUAUCUUAAAUCAUCUUAUUAUCAACGGACUGAGAUUAAGUGUUAAUCAUAAAUAAAUUGUUUGCGAUUUAAGUUGAUAAAAAUCUUGGAGUACAAAUCAAUAAACUGUUAAGUUUAAUUUAACUGAUUUCCCUUGAAAUUGAUUCGGAUUAAUUGACAAUAAAAACUCAGUGGAUUAACUAAUUGUUGUGAUUGUGUUUAUUGUGAUUUAUCAUCAUUACAAACAAGUGACCGGAUUAAAUUAACAUUAACAUUGUCAAUCUAAUAUUGGAAAAGGUAUCCCCAAUGGUAAUUGGAACAGAUUGAAGCGAACAUUUUUCUUGUCUCAAUCUUGGAACUUCAAUCAAACUUCAAUUUCUUGUUGAAUUUACGAUAAAUAUAUACAAUUAGAUUCUCAUGAUGUUUACCAUUAACUACAUAGAUUAUUUGAAAUCAUUCGAAUUAUAAUCUGUUAGUGGAAAUUGAAAAUCGCUGAAAAUUCUGAGUAAUAUAAUUAUUCCAAAUUGAGAGAAAAAGUUCUCUUCAGUUUUUUUCUAUUUCCUCUCUUUCUCUUCUUCUAUCUGGUUCUUAUUAAAUUCGAUUGAACAUUUCUGGCUUCCUGAACAUAAUCAGAACUUUGAAAGAAUAAGAAGACAGAUAAAUAAAAAAAAAGAGAGAAUUCGAAGAAAAGAGAAUCUCGAAAAUAUAAUCGUUCUAAUCAUUCCUGUUAUCAUCACAUUCUUUUGGAAACUUUGGUAUAUAAUUGAAUAUCUACACUACUCUACUUCUGGAAUUCUGAUUCUGAUGAGAAAUUCUGACGAUGAAAGAAAAAUUUUCACUCUUCCCCCUUCAAUCGAAUCUUGUUCUCUUCGACUUUUUCUUUUUGUAUCAAAUUAACGUCAAUCCUGUAAUCUCUUAGAACUUUAUUUCCAAACCUUCCAACAGAUUAUCUUCAAAUUCUAUUUCAUCAUUUCUUUCCUUCAUUUUCUCUCUUUUCAAAUCCAAAACAAGUUCUCAAUCUCUUCAGGUAGAUGAAUAAUUUUUCUGGUCAUCACGAAUUACAGAAAAGAUUAAACUAGUAUACGAAGUUUUUUUUCUUCUUUUUCUUCAUCAUCAUCAUCUUGUUCUUCUCAUUAACCUGCUAAUUGUAAUUCCAAUAUUAAUUCUCAACAUUUUCUACUCUUAAUAAUGGAACUGAUUGUUUUACUCGACCGUGAAAUCGUAUCAAGAAAGUUAACCCAAGAAUCGAGGGAAAAAUUAGAUCAACAUGAAGAUGACAAUUCGAUAAGAAAAUUAUGUCCAUCCAUUGAAGAUAAAGUUAUGGGUGUCACAUCAUCAGGUAAUAAUAAUGAAUUCAUCAACUAACGGUAAAAGGUUGGUGAUCACAAUUAGAAUUACCAAAAGUCAAUCACGAAGAGAAUCACGAAAAAAACGAAGGAAACACCGCCAAGAGAAGAAAGUUCAAAAGAGAAAAAAGAAAAAGAGUUGAGUGAGAGAGAGAGAAAAGCUAAGAAGAGAAGGGAGAAGAUAGAGUUGGAAGAGAGUGAGAGAGGGAAAAGAAAAAGGGGGAAAGAGGGCAAAAGAAAGACAAAAAGAAAGGAAAGAAAAAGAGAGAGAGAGAGAAAAGGAAAGAAAAUUUAUAGAACAAGAUGAUUGGGGCAAUCGCAAGUCGUCAUUUGAACAGUCGCCGUCGAACUUCAUCUCCCAAUGUUGGAUUAACACUUCAAGUUGCCUCAGAAUCACGAUUAACGAUAACUCGUGAAGAAGAGGAAGAAGACGAAGAGACAGAAAGUGAAACAAAUACAACAGAUGAUAAACAUAAACAAAGGAGGAAACAUCGACAAUAUCGACAACAACAAUCUUCAUCUUCUUCCUCUCAUCAUUAUCCUCAACAGAAACAGCAACAGUAUACAAUUAAUAUUAGUGCCGAUGAAGAUGAUAAUGAGAAUCAUGGUAAAUCAUCAGCUCGGAAUAAAACACUUAGUUUUGCAAGUGAUAGUCAACACGAUGAUUGUUUAAUUAGUACCAAAAGAAAGGAAUAUAAUAGUGAUUGUAAUGAUGAUAAUUGUGAUACAAUUAAGGAUAACAAUUUAAGGAAAAGUGAAAAUAUUAGUAACAAGUUAACUGUAAAUUCAACUGUAACUCCAACAAAUACAGCAACUGGAACAACAACAACAACAACAACUUCGACUUUAAAGGUUCCCGAAGAUGUUAAGGUUAGGUCAAGAUCUUCGUCCGUUUCUAGGCCCUCCAUAAGUAGUGAUAUUAUACAACCAGCGAGUCAUUUACGUCGACGACGGGCCGUUGAAAUUUCCGAUCACAAAGCGUGCGUUUUAUUACAUUCAAAGUUGAAAGGGAUGAAACUUGAGGAUAUUGCUUUACAAGCACUCACUGUAGAGGCUAACGGUGCUAACGUUGAAGCCUCUAAAAGUUAUGGGGAAAGUGGAUCAGGACCAAGCAAUUUAAGCUCAGCAAGUAAAAUGGCCAAGAGAAAGGGACCUUCCACGGAGGGCGGGAAGGGUCCAAGCUCGUGUUUCAUCCUUAGUGAGGAUAGUUUCCUACGUAGGAAUGUAAAGGCCUUCACCGAGUGGUCAGUUUUCGAAUAUGCAGUCCUAGCGACCAUCAUUGCCAAUUGUGUUGUUCUCGCCUUGGAGGAGCAUCUUCCGGAAAAGGAUCGAACACCAUUAGCCCUUCGAUUAGAUAAAACGGAACCAAUUUUUUUAGGGAUAUUCUGUGUAGAAGCUUCUUUGAAAAUUAUUGCCUCAGGGUUUGUGCUCCACAAGGGAUCUUACCUUAGGAACGUUUGGAAUAUCAUGGAUUUCAUUGUAGUGAUAACCGGGUUUGUCACCUUAUUACCCGAUGAGAUUCUCGAUUUAGGAAUAGAUUUGAGAACCCUGAGAGCCAUUCGAGUGUUAAGGCCACUUAAACUGGUCUCUGGUAUUCCAAGUCUUCAAGUUGUUCUCAAAUCUAUCAUCAAAGCUAUGGCUCCUUUGUUACAAAUUGGUUUAUUGGUUUUGUUUGCAAUCGUUAUAUUUGCCAUCAUAGGCCUUGAAUUUUACUCAGGUUCACUUCACCAUACCUGUGUUAGCCUGGAAGAUUUAACAUCGAUAAUUUUAGACGGGGAACAAGAAACUCCCUGUUAUUGUGGUAAUCCAAGUAAUUGUGAUGAUAUCGAUGAUAAAAAGAGAGACAAUGGAGCUCAUUUCUGUGAUUUAAAUAUAUCUUCCUGUCAAGAAGUUUGGAAAGGACCUAACUUCGGGAUAACGUCUUUUGAUAACAUCUUUUUCUCUAUGUUAACUGUUUUUCAAUGUAUCACUCAAGAAGGCUGGACCCAAGUACUUUAUUGGAUGAAUGAUGCUAUGGGUACCAGUUGGAAUUGGAUUUAUUUUGUCAUCCUCAUUAUUCUGGGUUCAUUUUUUAUGCUCAAUUUAGUUCUUGGUGUCUUAAGUGGAGAGUUUGCCAAAGAAAGAGAAAGAGUCGAGAAUCGACAAUCGUUCUUAAGAUUGCGAAGGCAAGAACAAUUAGAACGUGAAUUGGAAGGUUACGUCGAAUGGAUAAUUAAAGCAGAGGAUGUAAUACUUGCCGAAGAAAGAACAACGGAAGAGGAGAGAAUUCACAUUAUGGAAGUUAAGCGACGACGAGAGGCAACGAAAAGCAAGAAGGGAAAAAGCACCUUGAGUAAAAACACCGAAGACGAUGACGAGGAAAACGCAGAGGAAGAAGAGGAAGAGGAAGAAGAGGUGCUUCCUAAGAAGGGUGUACUUAAAGGAUUCGCUCGAGCUUCUUACCUUCAUUCGAAGAUUAAAAAUCGAGGAGCUUGUAAAGCUUUUUGGAGGACAGAGAAAAGAGUCAGAUCAUCUGUUCGUCGAGUGAUUAAAUCUCAAGCUUUCUAUUGGUUUGUGAUAGUUUUAGUUUUUUUAAAUACCGUUUGUGUUGCCGUUGAACAUUACGGUCAACCUCAAUAUGUGACGGACUUUUUUUUUUACACUGAAUUCGUAUUCUUGGGUUUAUUUAUAUUCGAAAUGUUUUUAAAAAUGUACGCUUUGGGUUUUACAACUUACUUUAAAUCUGCCUUUAAUCGUUUCGAUUGCAUUGUUAUCUCUGGAAGUGUUUUUGAAGUUAUCUGGGAUCAUUAUAAGGGAGGAUCUUUUGGAUUCUCAGUUCUUCGAGCUUUAAGACUUCUUAGAAUUUUCAAAGUUACCAAGUAUUGGUCAUCAUUGAAAAACUUGGUCGUCUCCUUAUUAGCAUCUAUGCGAUCCAUUAUCUCUCUGUUAUUUUUGCUCUUUCUUUUCAUUCUAAUCUUUGCUCUAUUGGGUAUGCAACUUUUUGGUGGAAACUUCAAUUUUCCUGAGGAAACACCACCGGUUAACUUUAAUUCAUUUGUUGUCGCCCUGCUAACGGUAUUUCAAAUACUCACUGGUGAAGAUUGGAAUGAGGUUAUGUACCAAGCCAUUGAAUCUCAGGGAGGUGUUGACAAUGGUGGAAUGAUUUACAGCUCAUAUUUCAUCAUAUUGGUGUUAUUUGGUAAUUAUACUCUGCUCAACGUGUUCUUGGCCAUUGCUGUUGAUAAUUUAGCCAAUGCUCAAGAAUUAACUGCCGCGGAAGAAGAGGAAGCCGAAGAGGAUAAACAGAGAGCCAAAGAUCAACUUGAAAAUGAGAUCGCCAACCUAAAUAAACAUGGAACUGGUACUGGAAAUGCUCUUGGUUUACCUGAGGUAAACAUUUGUCCACCUUCACCUUUGCAAAGUGGUAAACAGGUAGCAAAGGGAGGUGGUAAAGGUGAUGGAACCAAAUCAAAAGAUGAUAAAGGUGAUGGUGAGAAAGGUGAUGAGGAAGAGGAAGAUGUCGUCGGUCCUAAACCGAUGUUACCUUAUUCAUCAAUGUUUGUACUUUCAUCUACUAAUCCGAUCCGUCGAGCUGCCCACUAUGUGGUCAACCUGCGUUACUUUGAUUUUGUAAUUAUGGUGGUCAUCUUUUGUUCAUCAAUUGCAUUGGCCUGUGAAGAUCCGGUCAAUGAAGAUUCACAGAUCAAUGAUACGCUUGAAAUUUUCGACAAAGCGUUUACAAGUGUCUUUACCGUUGAACUUUUACUGAAAAUUGUCGAUCAAGGGAUAUUCCUUCAUCCAGGUUCUUAUUGUCGCGAUGUUUGGAAUAUAAUGGACGCGGUUGUGGUCAUUUGUGCUCUUAUUGGUUACGGUAUGGGUGAAAAAGAUGGAGCUGAAAAUUUAGGUACAAUUAAAUCACUUCGAGUACUUCGAGUCUUAAGACCAUUGAAGACUAUCAAACGAGUACCUAAAUUGAAGGCUGUAUUUGAUUGUGUUGUUACUUCAUUGAAAAAUGUAUUCAACAUUUUAAUUGUCUACAUGUUAUUCCAAUUUAUAUUUGCUGUUAUUGCGGUCCAAUUGUUCAAUGGUCGUUUCUUUUUCUGUAACGAUGAGUCCAAAUUAACUAAAGAAGAGUGCCAGGGUGAAUUUUUUCGAUUCUCAUUCAAAGAGAACAGUUUACCUGCCGUUGAAAAGCGAGUCUGGGAAAGACGAAAUUUCCAUUAUGAUAACGUAAUGGCCGCAAUGUUGACCUUGUUUGCCGUUCAAACAGGUGAAGGUUGGCCUGGAAUUUUGCAAAACUCGAUGGACGCUACUUUCCAAGAUUAUGGACCUUUGCCUCAUUUUCGCGUUGAAAUGUCCAUUUUUUACAUAAUCUUCUUCAUUGUGUUUCCAUUCUUCUUCGUGAACAUAUUCGUUGCCUUAAUUAUCAUUACCUUUCAAGAACAAGGUGAAAAAGAAUUGGAAGAAGGUGAACUUGAUAAGAAUCAAAAAUCGUGCAUUGAUUUUGCGAUAAUGGCUCGACCUCAACAGCGAUAUAUGCCCAAGAACAAAGAUUCAGUUAAAUAUCGAGUUUGGAGGAUCGUUGUUUCAACGGGUUUCGAGUAUUUCAUCAUGAUAUUGAUUGUUUUCAAUACACUUCUCCUCAUGAUGAAGCAUAAUAAAGCCAGCCAGGAAUUGAAAGAUUUACUCAGAUACACUAAUAUUGCAUUCACGGCGCUUUUUUCCCUUGAAUGUUCCCUCAAGAUAAUUGCGACUGGAAUUCGGAACUUUUUCAAAGAUUCUUGGAAUGUAUUCGAUUUCGUUACUGUUGUUGGAAGUGUUAUCGAUGCAAUCGUCAUGGAGUUUGGGUCCCAAUUAAGAUCAUACCAGUUCAAUGUUGGUUUCUUACGAUUAUUUCGAGCCGCUCGUCUAAUUAAACUUCUUCGUCAAGGAUAUACUAUUAGAAUAUUAUUAUGGACAUUUAUACAAUCAUUCAAAGCCUUACCUUAUGUAUGUCUACUAAUCGCCAUGUUAUUUUUCAUCUAUGCCAUCAUUGGGAUGCAGGUUUUUGGUAACAUCCGACUGAAUCCGGAAACAGAAUAUAAUCGUCACAACAAUUUUCAAACAUUCAUACAAUCACUUAUGCUGCUCUUCCGAUGUGCUACUGGUGAAGCCUGGCAAGCGAUAAUGUUAGCAUGUACCAAAGGAAGACCCUGUGAUCCUGGAACUCGGAAAAAUAAACCCGAAUGUGGGUCAAUUUGGUCUUAUGCAUAUUUUGUUAGCUUUAUAUUUUUCUGCUCUUUUCUUAUGCUCAAUCUUUUCAUUGCCGUUAUCAUGGAUAAUUUUGAUUAUUUAACUCGAGAUUCAUCAAUUCUGGGGGCUCAUCAUUUGGAUGAAUUCAUCCGAGUGUGGGCUGAGUAUGAUCCAAAUGCCUCAGGGUGGAUUCACUAUACGGAAAUGUAUGAUAUGCUAAGGAACAUGGAUCCACCGUUAGGAUUUGGUAACAAGUGUCCAAAUCGAUUGGCGUAUAAGAAAUUGAUACGUAUGAAUAUGCCUGUAAGCCCUGAGGGUAAAGUUAACUUUUCGACAACCUUAUUUGCCUUAAUUCGUGAAAAUUUAAGCAUUAAAAUGAGACCAGCUGAGGAAAUGGACACUGCUGAUAGAGAGUUAAGGGAAACGGUCAGAAAAUUGUGGCCUCUUCAGGCCAAGAAAAUGUUGGAUAAACUUAUCCCAGCUGAUGAUGAAUUGGGUCCAGGAAAAUUGACCGUUGGUAAGAUUUACGCUGGACUUUUGGUCCUUGAGAAUUGGCGAACCACCCGCUUUGGAACUGUCCCAGGUUCCGGCCUAGCUGAAAAAACUGCUCUCCCUACUUCUGGUGAUGCCUCGCGUCCAUCGUUAUUACAAAGACUCAUGGGUGCAGUUCGUCAGAGUAAUUCCCAUGCCACUCGAGAUCCUCAUGAUGAACAUUAUGACAACGGAAGCGGAGGUCAAGAGGCAAGUCGCAAAGGCUCAGUAAGAUCAAAUCUAAGCGUCGAUGAUGAGGAUGGCAAGGACAGACGUCGAUCUUUUAGUUUCCUUCGACGAGGAAGUAGUAAACGCAAGUCCAAGAAAGACUCGAGUGAAUCGCGAAACGUUGACACUCAGGAUCAAAUGUCUCAGCAAAUGGCUCAUCUUAAACCAGAAUUACAAAUAACUCGAGCUGGAUCUCGAUCGCCGUCGCCGACUCAUGGGGAUGAGGAGUCACCUCCAAAGGGUGGAAUCCAUCGAGGUCGAUCGCCCUCGACCCGAUCAAGGUUACACUCACCUCGACCAUCAGAUGUGGGCUUUGCUGAAGCUGUGUCCGAUGUAGUGGACAUAGUCAAGUACGAAACAUCUCGAAAAGGUCGAGCAAGACGUAAGUACAAAUUGCUUGGUGACGAAUUUUCAUCUUACGGAUCACCGAUACUUGGACGAUCACCAAGUCGCCGUCGAGCAUCAUCCCGACGUAGAUCCCGUUCCCCAUGGAGAGGUCCACCACCAGAUACAACAACAGUUGAACCAAAGGGUCGAAGUCGAUCAACCAGUCCAGCAUAUCGUACCACGUGCCUUGAUGAAAGAUCACGAAGUCCAAGUCCGAUAGACCAUGGUCAUGAUCCAAAUGCUCCAGGUCACAAUCAGGCAACACCAACCUCAGGUCAAGCGGAUAACUAUUAUGGUACAACCAAAUUAGCUGAAAGAAGUCGAAGUCCAUCACCACAAUCGGCUGCCAGUGUACCAGUGUCACGUUUACGAGCCGCUGCAACCGUUAUAAACGCAGCGGGAACCCUUAACCGCUCUCGUACGGGCAGAAGACUACCUGCCACACCCUUCGUUAAGCCUACACCAUUAAGCCUCGGUGGUUCUCAAUCAGUUGAAGGAAUUAAUUUCCCAACCUUAUCCCAUUCGCCGACAAUUCCGAUGAUUGAUAAAUCACCAAAUAACAUUAACUUUCCCCGGGUUAAUGCAUCACCAACCCGAACCGCAUACGGACCAUCUGGACAUUGGCCAGCGCAAUCAACCCCGUCAUUGGGGACUGCAUCUAAUCAACAACAACAACAACAACAACAACAACCGCCUUAUUUAUCACCGGAAACGGAUCCGCCCUUAACAUUUGAAGCCGCUGCCAGUCUUGGUAUGGGUCAGGCUGGAACCGGCUCACGAGUACUGCCCUCACCACUGCCCAAUGGUUAUGGGAAACCGGUUAAACAGACAAAUUCAAAUAUUACCUCGCGGCCUUUGCAACCACCGCCGUUACCAUCUCGAGCAGCAACCGCAUUGGGUGGAGCGGGAAUGUGUAAUAAUACAAUUGUCGGUGGACGAGGUCCACCACCUCCAAUACCAUUGGCUCCAUCCUCAGCCAUUCCAAUGGGUUCAUCUUUACCACAAGGUCAUCAUCAUCAUGUCCACCAUCACCAUCAUCAUCAACUUCCACCGCCACCAUCUCAUCCUCAUCAUUCAACAUCAUCAUCAACACUUCCCAAUUCUUCAUCGCUACCCCGACCUGCCUCAGCAGCAGCAACCAUACCAACACGAUCACGGCCACCGCCACCACUACCACCGCCACAACCACCACCUUCAAUCCCACCACCACCACCACCAAAUUUAGCAGCAGCAGGUGUACUAAUAUCAUCUUCACCCACUCCGCUAUUACCACAAUUGUUGCCCUCUUCAAUGGCUCCAAUAGCCUUACCUUUAACACCGUCAGGUCAACCGCCCAUUUUACCACCUCCAGUACCUAUUAUGCCAAACGCACCAUUGCCUCAACAUCAUCGACGCCUUGUUGAUGGUUUAACACUUCUAGAGGUUGACGAUGAAGACGAUGAUUGGUGCUAACAUCGGGCUAAUCUAAUUGUUGUAAUAAAAUUGAAACUUUUUUUUUCACAAUCAACGUUUCUUAAAUAAUAUCAUUUACUAAUUGUUACUUUCAUCAUCAUGUUAUAUUAUAAUCAUUACAAUUAUUGUUAUUAUUUGUACACAGAAAUCAUCAACAAGCAAAAAAAGUUAUAUAUUGUUAAUUACAAUUAUGUGAUCAUCAAAAAGAUUGUUAAAAAAAGUUUUGUUUUUCUUUAAUCUUAAUUAACAGUUAACACCCAACAAAAAACAAUCCAUAAUUAAUGAUUUGAGUUUCAAUCAUUUAAUUUACCUUUAAGUUUAUCAAGGACCCGCCACAACCUUCAGGUGACAUUGCAAUAGAUUAACCAACUACCUGUAAUGUUUAAUUGUUGUGAAUGAAAAUCAUCGAGAGGAUAAAAAGCCGAAGCCUUAAUUGUUUUUUGAUACCUUUUUUUGACUAUGUUUUAUUAUGGUUGAUCAUUUAAUCAUUUAAUUAAAAUUAUUGUUGUAUCAUUCAAGUAAAUUGUAUCUCUCUCUCUCUCUCUCUCUCUCUCUCUCU